CGGUCAAAUGAAGAGGAAGAAACUUCUGAUUCUUCCGUAGAAAAGCAGACUCGAUCUAAAUACUGCCCAGAAACCUCAGGUGUCCCUGCUGGUGACUUAUCCCAUGGCUCAGGUGCCAUGGACACCCACAGCCUGGAGUCCAAAGCUGAAAGAAUCGCCAGGUACAAAGCAGAAAGGAGACGGCAACUGGCAGAAAAAUACGGGCUCACUCUGGAUCCUGAAGCCGAUUCUGAGUAUUUAUCUCGAUACACCAAGUCCAGGAAGGAUCCCGAUGCUGUUGAGAAACGGGGAGGCAAAAGUGAUAGAGAGGAAGAGUCGAGCCAAGAUUCGACGUCUCCGUACUCCAGGACGGAGACGAUGGGGCUUAGGACCUGUACGGAUGAAUCCAAGGACCAUGCCCUCCAUGGGAGUGAAAGCAUAUCCGACAAGGAGAUGCUGCUAAACGUGGAAAACCAAAGACGCGGUCAAGAGCUGAGUGCCACCGGGCAGGCCCAUGACCUGCCCCUGACGGCUGAGAGCUCCUCGACCUUCUCCUUCUCUGGACGAGACUCCUCCUUUACUGAUGUGCCAAGGUCCCCCAAGCAGAGGCACAGCUCCUCCCUGCAGCAGCCAGCCUCCCCGAGCCACUCCAUUGGUGACACGCCACUGCCCUCUGAGACUCGAUCCAGUACAGGGAAACUCAAACAUGAGUGGUUUCUCCAGAAAGAUUCCGAAGGGGACACACCUUCGCUUAUCAACUGGCCUUCCAGAGUUAAAGUUAGAGAAAAAUUGGUGAAAGAGGAGAGUGCUCGCAGCAGCCCUGAACUCGCCUCCGAGUCCUUAACUCAGAGGAGACAUCAGCCAGUGUCCGUCCAUUACCUGUCCUUUCAGUCAGAAAACUCGGCCUUUGAUAGGGUCACGGGGAAAGCAGCCAGCUCUGCACGACAGCCGAUCCGUGGCUAUGUCCAGCCAGCAGAUCCCGGUCACACUGCCAAGCUGGUGGCCACAGAAACCCCAGAAAAUGUGUCUGAGUACAGCUGGGUGGGAGAAGCCACCCAGAAUGUCAUACAGCCUCCCACCUUGAAGGUUCAAGAAGGUGAGAGAAGGGACACCCCAGUUCUGCAUAUUUGUGAAUCAGAAGCAGGAGAUGUGCUCUUCACUGAUGCUCUCGAGAAAAGUGAGAAAACGGUUUUGACUUUGGAGGAUGAUGGGUUCUCCAGAAGCCACGAAGACCCCUCUGGAAGUGAGGACUUGGGUAAGCCUGCUGUGAGCACAAUCACCUUAGAACAUCAGAAGGAACCAGAAAGUACGUCACACCCACCUCAAGCUCAGCACCAGCCCACUGAGAGAAUGGGCAGGAGCAAAACGGUUUUGUAUGUUCAGAGGGAGCCCGUUUCCCAAGAUGCCCAAUUGACCAGUCACAAAAAAGAAGCAUCUGCGAAGAAACACAAGGUUCUCACCCGCUCGUUGUCUGAUUACACGGGUCCCCCUCAGCUUCAGGCCUUGAAAUACAGGGAGCCAAUUUCCAAGCGAGAGCUGGAGCAGCAGAGUUCCAAGGCUGAAGGGCCCUCUGCAGAAAUUGGCAUGCUGGACACAAAGGUCUCUGUCGCCCAACUCCGAAAUGCAUUUCUGGAGUCUGCCAGGGCCAGCACGAAACCUGAACUCCAAUCACGGGUUCAGAGGUCAACCGAAGGAGUUGGCUUGCCUACCAGUGUGGAACGGGAGAGAGGGUCCCGGAAACCAAGACGAUAUUUUACUCCUGGUGAAAGUAGAAAAACUUCUGAGAGAUUUAGAACUCAACCUAUAACCUCAGCAGAACGAAAGGAAUCGGAUAGGUGUACUUCAAAUUCAGAAAUGCCAUCUGUUGAGGAUGAAGAAAAUGUAGAUGAACGAGCCAAGCUGAGUGUUGCUGCCAAGAGGCUGCUGUUCAGGGAAAUGGAGAAAUCAUUUGAUGAACAAAAUGUUCCAAAGCGACGCUCAAGAAACACAGCCGUGGAGCAGAGGCUACGCCGACUGCAGGACAGAUCCCACACGCAGCCCAUCACCACCGAGGAAGUAGUCAUUGCUGCCACAUUACAGGCAUCUGCUCACCAAAAGGCUUCAGCCAAAGACCAGACAAAUGAGGGCAAAGAUUCUGCUGAACCAGGAGAACCUGAUUCCUCCACUUUGAGCUUAGCAGAGAAGUUGGCCUUGUUUAACAAAUUGUCCCAGCCAGUCUCAAAAGCUAUUUCUACCCGAAACAGAAUAGACAUAAGACAAAGGAGAAUGAAUGCUCGCUAUCAGACUCAGCCAGUCACACUUGGAGAGGUGGAACAGGUGCAAAGUGGGAAAAUCAUUCCUUUCUCACCUGCGGUUAACACAUGUGUAUCCACCGUGGCAUCAACAGUGGCUCCAAUGUAUGCAGGGGAUCUUCGGACAAAGCCAUCUCUUGAUGACAAUACAAGUGCCACUGACUAUAAGUUUAUUUCUUCAAUAGAAAAUUCAGACUCUCCAGUUAGAAGCAUUCUGAAAUCACAAGCCUGGCAGCCUUUGGUAGAGGGUGGUGGGAGCAAAGGAAUGUUGAGAGAAUUUGGAGAGACAGAAAGCAAGAGAGCUUUGACAGGUGGAGACAGGGGUGUUAAGAAGUAUGGGUCCUUUGAGGAAGCAGAACUGUCCUACCCGAUCCUGAACAGGGUCAGGGAAGGAGACAGCCAUAAGGAAACUGAAUAUGCUGUGCCAAGGAAAGGAAGCCUGGAACUAGCUAAUCCUCCCAUGGCCCAUCUUGGUGAUGAACCGAAGGAAUUUUCCACUGCUAAAAGCAGUGUGCAAGGGAGCCCGGAUCUGAAGGACAGGCAGCCCUUUGAAGAGAAGGUGGACGUGGGAAGGAAGUUUUCACUAAGAGCAGAGUUUGGGGAGCCCACCUCUGAGCAGACAGAGACAGAUGCUGGAAAACCUGUUGCUCAGACCACAACCCCAGUGUCCUGGAAGCAACAAGACUCUUCAGAACAACUGCAGGAGAGGCACUAUAAGACUCCCUGUGCAAUGUUUGCUGCUGGAGAGAUCAAGACGCCAGUGGGGGAGGGCACCCUUGACUCAACCGGCAAAACCAUGUCAAUUAAAGAAAGGCUGGCACUGUUGAAAAAGAGUGGCGAGGAAGACUGGAAAAACAGACUGAACAGGAAGCAGGAGUACGGCAAAGCACCUGCCACCAACAGCCUGUACAUUCAAGAGGUGGAACAGUCCCUCAAGAAGAAGCGGGUCACAGAAAGUCGAGAGAGCCAAAUGACCAUUGAGGAGAGGAAACAGCUCAUUACUGUGAGAGAAGACGCCUGGAAGACCAAAGGCAGAGGAGCAGCCAAUGACUCCACCCAGUUUACUGUGGCUGGCAGGAUGGUGAAGAAAGGUUUGGCAUCACCCACUGCCAUAACUCCAGUAGCAUCCCCCAUUUGCAGUAAAACAAGGGGCACUACACCAGUUUCCAAACCCCAAGAAGAUAUUGAAGCCAGACCAGAUAUGCAGUUAGAAUCGGACCUGAAGUUGGACAGACUGGAAACCUUUCUCAGAAGGCUGAAUAACAAAGCUGGUGGGAUGCAGGAAACAGUACUCACUGUGACUGGUAAAUCUGUAAAAGAGGUGAUGAAAUUGGAUGAUGAUGAAACUUUUGCCAAGUUUUACCGCAGCGUGGAUUGUAAUACACCAAGAAGUCCUGUGGAGCUGGAUGAGGACUUCGAUGUUAUUUUCGAUCCUUAUGCACCCAAAUUGACGUCUUCCGUGGCUGAGCAUAAGCGUGCAGUUAGGCCCAAGCGCCGGGUGCAGGCUUCCAAAAACCCCCUGAAAAUGCUGGCAGCCAGGGAAGACCUCCUUCAGGAGUACACUGAGCAGAGAUUAAACGUCGCCUUCAUGGAGUCAAAGCGGAUGAAAGUAGAAAAGAUGUCCUCCAACUCCAACUUCUCAGAAGUCACUCUGGCAGGUUUAGCCAGUAAAGAAAACUUCAGCAACGUGAGCCUGCGGAGUGUCAACCUGACAGAACAGAAUUCCAACAACAGUGCUGUGCCCUACAAGAAGCUGAUGUUGUUGCAGAUCAAAGGAAGAAGACACGUGCAGACCAGGCUGGUGGAACCUCGAGCUUCGUCACUCAACAGCGGGGACUGCUUCCUCCUGCUCUCACCCCAUUACUGCUUCCUGUGGGUAGGAGAGUUCGCGAAUGUCAUAGAAAAGGCCAAGGCCUCAGAACUUGCAACUUUAAUUCAGACAAAGAGGGAACUUGGGUGUAGAGCUACUUACAUCCAAACCAUUGAAGAAGGAAUUAAUACACACACUCAUGCAGCCAAGGACUUCUGGAAACUCCUGGGUGGUCAAACCAGUUACCAAUCUGCUGGAGACCCAAAAGAAGAUGAACUGUAUGAGACAGCCAUAAUAGAAACAAACUGCAUUUACCGUUUGAUGGAUGACAAACUGGUUCCUGAUGACGACUACUGGGGGAAAAUUCCAAAGUGCUCCCUCCUGCAACCAAAAGAGGUACUGGUGUUUGAUUUUGGUAGUGAAGUUUACGUGUGGCACGGGAAAGAAGUCACAUUAGCACAACGAAAGAUAGCAUUUCAGCUGGCAAAGCACUUGUGGAAUGGAACCUUUGACUAUGAGAACUGUGACAUCAACCCACUGGACCCUGGAGAGUGCAAUCCACUUAUUCCCAGAAAAGGACAGGGGCGGCCUGAUUGGGCAAUAUUUGGGAGACUUACUGAACACAAUGAGACUAUUUUGUUCAAAGAGAAAUUUCUUGAUUGGACCGAACUGAAGAGACCUAAUGAGAAGAGCAUUGGGGAACUUGCCCAACAGAAGGAAGAUCCCAGGGCUGAGGUCAAGUCCUACGAUGUGACGCGGAUGGUGGCUGUGCCCCAGAUGACCCCCGGCACUGUUCUGGACGGCGUGAACGUUGGCCGUGGCUAUGGCCUGGUGGAAGGGGACGACAGGAGGCAGUUUGAGAUUGCCACCGUCUCUGUGGACGUCUGGCACAUUCUAGAAUUCGACUACAGCAGGCUCCCCAAACAGAGCAUCGGGCAGUUCCACGAGGGGGAUGCGUAUGUGGUCAAGUGGAAGUACAUGGUGAGCACUGCAGUGGGAAGUCGGCAGAAGGGAGAACAUCCCGCCAGGGUGUCCGGCAAAGAGAAGUGUGUCUACUUCUUCUGGCAGGGCCGGCACUCGACUGUGAGCGAGAAGGGAACGUCAGCGCUGAUGACGGUGGAGCUGGACGAAGAGAGGGGGGCCCAGGUCCAGGUUCUCCAGGGCAAGGAGCCCCCGUGUUUUCUGCAGUGUUUCCAGGGAGGGAUGGUGGUGCACUCGGGAAGACGGGAAGAGGAAGAAGAAAAUUCGCAAAGUGAGUGGAGGCUGUACUGUGUGCGGGGAGAAGUGCCCAUGGAAGGGAACUUGCUGGAAGUGGCCUGUCACUGUAGCAGCCUGAGGUCCAGGACUUCCAUGGUCGUUCUCAACGUAAAUAAGGCCCUCAUCUACCUGUGGCACGGAUGCAAAGCGCAAUCCCACACGAAGGAGGUCGGGAGGACAGCCGCAAAUAAAAUCAAGGAACAAUGCCCCCUGGAAGCAGGACUGCAUAGUAGCAGCAAAGUGACAAUACAUGAGUGUGAUGAAGGCUCCGAGCCACUGGGAUUCUGGGACGCUUUAGGAAGGAGAGACAGGAAAGCCUACGACUGCAUGCUUCAAGAUCCUGGAAGUUUUAACUUCGCACCCCGCCUGUUUAUCCUCAGCAGCUCCUCUGGGGAUUUCUCAGCCACGGAGUUCGUGUACCCUGCCCGAGCCCCGGCUGUGGUCAGUUCUAUGCCCUUCCUGCAGGAGGACCUGUACAGUGCACCGCAGCCAGCGCUGUUCCUGGUUGACAAUCACCACGAGGUGUACCUCUGGCAGGGCUGGUGGCCCAUCGAGAACAAGAUCACUGGGUCUGCCCGCAUUCGCUGGGCCUCUGACCGCAAGAGCGCCAUGGAGACAGUUCUCCAGUACUGCAGAGGAAAAAAUCUCAAGAAGCCGCCACCCAAGUCUUACCUUAUCCAUGCUGGCCUGGAACCCCUGACAUUCACCAAUAUGUUUCCCAGCUGGGAGCACAGAGAGGACAUUGCCGAAAUCACAGAGAUGGAUACGGAAGUUUCGAAUCAGAUCACCCUGGUGGAAGAUGUCUUAGCCAAGCUCUGUAAAACCAUUUACCCCCUGGCUGAUCUCCUAGCCAGGCCACUCCCAGAAGGAGUUGAUCCUCUGAAACUUGAGAUUUAUCUCACCGAUGAAGACUUUGAGUUCGCGCUGGACAUGACAAGAGACGAAUACAACGCGCUGCCCUCCUGGAAGCAGGUGAACCUGAAAAAAGCCAAAGGCCUGUUCUGAAGAAGAUGCUGGAGGAAGUUCAGUGGUCACUUUCCAUACCAGUGGACCAGGAAAAUGGAUAUUUUUUUGGACUGGUAUUUCAUUUUAAAAAGUAUUUUUAAAUCAGAGUUUUCAAAACCUGAUGUUACUAACUGUACUGUUUGUCCCAGAGUUGUGUAUUUUGUAAAUGUUUAAGAGAACUCUUUGGAAACUUUCUUUCCACAGUUCAGCAGGUGAUGUGAGCACAAGUAUCUGUCAUGUGCACUUAAGCAGUGACCCUCAGCAGCUGCUACACCACUGCCCUCUUGUUCCAGCUAGGCGUUACCAUGUUUUUGGAAGCAGUUCUCUUUAUAAAGUGUUAUUUUGAUAGUUUGUGGAUUCUAAAAUAUAUAUAUAUUUAUACAAACACCAUAUAAGUCAAAUAUGUAUUUAACAAAGCAAUAUGUAUUCAUUCACUUUGAAGGUUUUUUUGUUGGUUUUUUUUUUUUUUUUUUU